AUGGCAAAAACCCAAGCAUUUCCUUUAGCUUUUAGGAUUUCCUCACAGCCCCCGAAAAUGCAGAGGAAACUUCACACCCUAAUGCCCCUAUCUUUGAUAGCUGGAUAUCGUCCAGCCCUUGAGUCUAGUCUCAAAACCCACAAACAGUUCUAUUCGUUAGGACCCAGGAAUAGUUCAGUCGAGCAUCGCUUUGAAACUUCAGGUGAGGUGGGGUAUUGUGUAAGAAAUGCUUUGCGGAGUUAUUUACUAUUUAGAAACAGAAGUUUUUCUAGUUCAUAUUCAGGAAAGGUUGUAGAAGGAGGUGGAAAGACCCUUCCUUGGUUAGCCAAAUCUAAGGCCGGAGAAGAGAAAAAAUUGGAGAAAAAUGUGAUGAUGAAAACUAGCAGGUCUCCGUGGGAGGAAUCAGCAGAAAAGUUUUUAAAAGGUGGUGCAUCUACUGUGGAAUUCAGGGAAACUAGAAAACUUGAAGGUCAACAAAGUGACUACAAAAAUAAAGAUAAAAGUGUUGAAGGACUGGAAGAGACUGAAGAACUGGGAGAGGUUGAUGAUGUUAAUGAAACUAGGUGGUAUAACAUUCAAAAUAAGUUCAACAAGAUUGUCGAGAAAAAACAUGGGUCUGACAGACCGGAGGUCCGGAGAUGGAAUAAACAGGAAAAUUGGGGUAGGAAGACAUGGAAAGAGGCUACAGAAUCAACUUUGCCAAAAAUAGUUGGAGAAGGGAUUUAUGGAGUUGGUCCCGUUUUAGCUGCAUUAUCAGCUGGGCGAAGAGAAUUCUACGCCCUGUAUGUUCAGGAAGGGUUAGAUUUGAGCGUGAAUAAUAGAAAGAAGAAGGACAAGAAGGGUUUCGAGAAAGUUAUGAAGAUGGUGGAAAAGAUUGGCUUAAGCAUAAAAGAGGUGUCGAAGCAUGAUCUGAACAUGGUAGUUGAUAAUAGGCCUCAUCAAGGCUUGGUCCUGGAUGCUUCACCGCUGGAAAUGGUAAAUAUGAAGGAGUUGGAGCCAGUUUCCAUCGAGGAAGAUAAGGGUCCUCUUUGGGUGGCUUUAGACGAGGUUACUGAUCCUCAGAAUUUGGGGGCAAUUAUUCGGUCUGCUUACUUCUUUGGAGCUUCUGGUGUGGUAUUGUGUGCGAAGAACUCUGCCCCAUUAAGUGGGGUUGUGAGCAAAGCAAGUGCAGGUUCACUUGAGUUAAUGGAGCUCAGAUCCUGCAAGAAUAUGAUGCAAUUCUUGACAUCUUCAGCUGAAAAUGGUUGGAGGGUUCUAGGUGGAUCAGUGUCUUCAAGAGCUGUUCCUUUGAAUGAAAUUGUGCCUGGUGCUCCUACAAUCCUUGUUCUAGGCAGUGAGGGCACUGGGUUGAGACCACUCGUGGAGAGAUCUUGCACUCAAUUGAUUAGAAUUCCUGGAAACCUUCCUGUUGAUGUGAUUGCAGGGGGAGAUGAAGAGGUGGUUAGUGUUCAAAAUCUAGAUCAAGAAUUCAGGUCUUUUUUGGCAGUGGAGAGUUUGAAUGUAAGUGUUGCAGCAGGUGUGCUGCUUCAUCACUUGAUUGGGAGUGAUACAGUUGGUCAUUUACCAUAA